AUGACGGUCUUUAUCGCAUCCCUGUUUCUCCCUUAUACCAUUGAUUUCAAGUCGACGGGGUUGAAGAGUGCAAAGUCGCUUCGUCGCAAGUCUUCACCUAGCUAUGCGGCUGUUGAUGGAUCGGGCGCCACACCCAUCAUUGGUCGCCUGGCGGAUACCCACAAGCCUCGACAAAGGUCCGCAAGUUUGGAACUUACCCCGGGAGCGACCACUGAAGACGAAAAGAUCUUCAAGGCAUACAUAUCGCGUUCAGCAGGGGAGAUACCUUUAGCGGACGAUCCUAAUGGCCCUGGUCCCAACGAGCCUCGGGCCGUUCCAUGGGGCCAGAGCCGCAAGUUCAACCAACCUCGCUCAAAAGCGAUAGUUCACCCUGAGCCAUCUAUUUUAAGUCGCCCAGCCUCGCGACAAGAAUCAAAGGAAUCGGCCUUCCUGAAUGGCGGGGGCAUACUUCCUCCGGCACCCACAGAAAUAGGCAGCCCUCGGGCACUACUCUCUGCCGAGGACUGGGUCGUCAAGGCAGCAGAGCAAGGAAACGGAGGUCUCCAUAAUGCAAUUAAUGCGGCGGCAAAUGCAGGCCUCCUCGAAAAUAAGAUGUGGGUGGGGACGCCAGGCAUGCCCACCGACUCGCUGACAGACAUGACGCGACAUCUUAUCGACGAGACCUUCCAGACCGAGUACGAGUCCCUGACUGUAUUUGUAGGUGACAGCGAAUUCGAAGGCCACUAUACCCAUUUCUGUCACUCUGUGCUCUGGCCCGCUCUUCAUUAUCAGAUGCAAGAGAGUCCGCGUCAUACUGAGUAUGAUGACUAUUCGUGGAAACAAUACCUCAAGGUGAAUGAAGCAUUCGCCAAGACCAUCGCGAACCACUGGCGCCCGGGAGACACUAUCUGGGUGCAUGAUUAUCACCUGCUCGCACUUCCGGCACUUCUGAGGAAGAAGCUGCCGCGGGCAAGAAUCGGGUUCUUCCUGCACUCGGCGUUCCCUUCUUCGGAGGUGUUUCGCUGUUUGAACUCGCGCGAUGCGUUACUGGAUGGACUCCUCGGGGCGGAUUUGAUUGGAUUUCAAACAGAAGAAUAUUGUUAUCAUUUCAUUCAUUCUUGCAGUCGGCUCCGGCAAUUGCAGGUUUCCGUUGAUGGUGUACAAGUCAAUCACCGGUUUGUGCGGGUCAAGAAUUAUCCUCUGGGAAUUGAUUAUCAGUCACUCAAUGCACUGCGCCAAUCUGUUGAGGUAAAAGACUGGAUCUCGAACAUCGAUGAGAAAUACCGAGGGAAGCACCUGAUUGUUGCUCGCGAUCGGCUCGAUGCACCUGGGGGUAUCAAGCAGAAGCUCCAGGCCUAUGAGCUCUUUCUGGAAAGCUAUCCCAAAUGGAGAGAGAAUGUGGUCCUUGUUCAAGUGGCAUCUUCGGCAUCGGAGAUUCCAGAGCUGGAAGCUCAGGUCUCAAAAAUUGCCAUGAGGAUCAACUCAGUCUACUCCACACUCACCCAUUCUCCCUUUGUUCUUCUGAAACAAGAUAUCAGUUAUUCUCAGUUUCUCGCACUGAUGAGUGUGGCGGAGAUAUACAUGGUCACCAAUCUUCGUGAAGGAAUGAACCUCACAAGCCACGACUUCGUCCACUGUCAAGAUGGGCAGCUCGUUUCCCAGAAGCACGGCUCUCUUAUACUGAGCGAGUUCACUGGUAGUGCAUCCAUAUUUCACGGCCACCCGCUCCUUGUUAAUCCAUGGGAUUACAAACAAUGCGCCGAUGCGAUCAAUACAGCACUGGAAAUGUCACCAGAGCAAAGACAGCAAAACUGGGAGUUCCUUCUAGAACGCAAAGCCCCACACACAGCCCUCGCCUGGUUCUCCUCCAUUCAAAGCGCACUCACCGAAGCCCACAGCAUGCAACAGUCUCGCGAGACACACGCAGUCACUCCCCUCCGGCUAGACACUCUCAAAGAGUCCUACCAUGCCGCACGUAAACGCAUCUUCUUUCUCGAAGACGGCGCGACCUUCAUCCCCGACAAAACUCACCCAUCCACAGAAGCAACUGACCUCAUUCAAGCUCUAGUUCUCGACCCUAAAAACACAGUCUAUCUAACCAGCAAGAACAGCCCCGAACAACUCGACGACACAGCUCGCACCCUCUCCCCGCGCGUCGGGCUAAUCGCCGAGAAUGGCUGUUUCGCUAGACCCAGCUCUAAACUUCAAGACGAAGAAAGCGUAAAAGCGGCCUGGGAGGCCCUCGUCGACGUCACAGGCACAAGUGACUGGCGCGCUGGCAUCCGCAAGGUAAUCGAGUACUUCCAAGAACGCACAGAAGGCAGCACAAUCGAGGAACGCCGCUGUUCACUAACAUUCGACUACACCCACGCUCUUGAUCGCGAUCUCGCCGCGCACCAAGCCUCCGAGCUAGCAGACCAGAUAAACGGUGCACGCGGUAGCGAGGCUAUCCGCGUUGUACGCGAUAUAAGUGCUGUGAGCGUGGAGCCACUACAUGCCUCCAAGGCUGCUGCGGCCUCGAUCCUGCUGGAACGCUUGCCAGCUGAUGAGUCGGCUGACUUUAUCUUUGUGGCGGGUGGGGCGAGAGGAGAUGAAAGUUUGUUUCGGUGGGCGAAUCAGUUGACUAGUGUGCAAGGUGUCUAUGGCAAUGGCAAUGGCAAUGGCAACGGACAUCAAAAUGGAAAUGGAAAUGGAAAUGGACAUGGAGACGGAUAUAAGGCUCGGACUGUGACGACUGUUACAGCUGGCACGCAUGCCACCGAAGCGAGUGCCGUCCUGCCAACAGGAUUGUCGUUGUUGGACGUAUUGCGGCUGCUGGUGUUUCCGCAUCUUGUUGGCGUGGCUUCGAGAUGCAGAGAUCUCGGAGCGUAG